AUGGAUUGGUCCGAGUGGAGCCCUUGCAACCGAUGUGGAGCGGUCGGCCGGAGGAGGAAGGUUGGAGUCUGUUCCAUUAGAAAAUUGGAUCCCUCCAAGCCAUCAAAACCUGUGGAUUCUCCCCUCUUCAGCGAAUACCGAAAGGGGAUUCCGUGCCGAUCAAGCCUUCUGCCUAAGAAAAUCAGGGAUCUUUCCAUCGUCGUCAACACAAAAUCAGAAUUCGUGAUCGGAUUUUGUCAAAUUCCCUGCCCUUCUGAAAGCGGAAUAGUGGUCGUGACAGAUUCUAGCGGGAAGAUGCUGGACACCGUCGACAACAGCCAGGGCAUCUACUCCAUGCAACAGCCUCUGCCUCCACUGCCGGACUUGGUCAAACGCAAGACACUUUACGGAGAAGAGGGGUCACCAAUUCUGAUGACAUGUCCGGGAAACACGGAAGGGAAAUUUUUCGUGUGGCGUAACGAGUCUUUCGUGAUCAAUCCAAGCAAGGUCCAUGUCCGGACGAAAGGACGAGUCAAGAUUGACCUCGCAAACAACCUCAUCAUUCGCCAACUGCGAUAUUCUGACUCUGCUAUAUACAGUUGCUGGGAUGACAAGAAAUUGGUGGGCACCGUCCGCCUUCAAGUGACAGAAAAAGCCCUGAGCAGGAGAUAUCGCAUCUACAUUCUCAACCUCGGAGUGCUCUUUGUUUUUCUCGUCAUUCUCAUGAUCUCUGUAACUCUGUGCAAGAACGUUCGAUUGCAGACGAAGGAAUAA